CCACAGAUGGCGCUGUGAGUAAGAGAAACAUUUAUUGAGACGGAGGCUCCUCUUGUUUAUGGCUCGUUAGCUCAGAGCGGGGGGAGGGGACGUAGUGACAGCUAUUAGCAGCUAGCCCCUUUUUCUGCCCUGUUUUUUUUUUUUUCUCUCUUCAUAUUUUGAACGCUGUUUCACAUGCAGAAAGAUGUGGUUUAUUUAUUUACUCAGCUGGCUGUCACUGGUGAUACAAAUAUCCUUCGUCACUCUUGCAAUAGCUGCUGGCCUGUACUAUUUGGCAGAACUAAUAGAAGAAUACACAGUUGCCACCAGUCGAAUAAUAAAGUACAUGAUAUUGUUCUCGACAGGUGUGCUGCUAGGUCUCUACAUUUUUGAAGGCUUCCCAAUGCUGAUGGUGGGCAUCGGCCUCUUCACCAACCUGGUGUACUUUGGCCUCCUGCAGACCUUCCCUUACAUACUGCUUAGUUCCCCCAACUUCAUCCUGUCCUGCAUACUGGUCGUGGCGAAUCAUUACAUGGCGUUCCAGUACUUUGCCCAAGAGUAUUAUCCCUUUUCAGAGGUUUUGGCGUAUUUCACCAUCUGCCUGUGGGUGAUCCCGUUUGCCUUCUUUGUGUCACUGUCAGCGGGAGAAAAUGUGCUGCCGUCUACAAUGCAACAAGGAGAUGACGUGGUGUCGAAUUACUUCACUAAGGGCAAGAGGGGGAAGAGGUCCGGGAUCCUACUCGUGUUUUCUUUCCUCAAGGAGGCGGUGCUGCCCAGCCGACAGAAAAUGUACUGAGGACUUGGGCUCGGGGUGCGUUACCAGGGCGGGUCAGGAGUCUGUUUGUAUGUGUUCAGAUACGAGGGGAAAGCAGGGCGGACUCUGGAUUUUGAAGCUAACAGGAAGGAAGUGCACAUAAAGAUGAUGGACCAAUGAACAGCUUCCUGCUAGUCGAGCCAAUGAGUUUACAAACGGCCAUCUUUGACGUUUUUGUGACCAUAGCUGCCAACGUCUACUGGAGACCUUUUUUUUUUUUUCUUUUUUUUUUGGCAGCACAUCACUUUCUUAUGGUUGCAUUGGACACCUUCAUUUUUUAAGUUUUGGUAAUAAGUUAUAUAUGAACAGUGUGUGAAAGUAAAAGCCACCAAAUAUCUGUAUGUGUUGUCAUGAGGGCAGACAGGAAGUAAACAGUUUGUUUUCAGUGACAAAUGCUCCUCAGAAAGAUAAAACUACCUGCUGAAGAAAUGUGAUGCCAUUUUUUUUUUUCUUUUACCACUAUCAUCUCACACACACACACAGGGCAGUGGUGAAGAUGAGCAUGAUCUUAAUUUUUAGGGAAGACAAAGGUUAGAUGAUUUACACUCUGGCCUGUCACAUCGACAAGCAGAGGUGCAAAAUUAAAUAACUGAAUAAGCCUGAAUGCUCUGAGAGGUUAUUUUCUCUUCUGCAGCUACAUUUAUCAGUCAUCAUACCUGUCUUUUUUUUUUUUUUUUACAAUAAUGAAAGAUUUUUGUACACUGAUUUUUGAGUGAACCCAUUACAAAAAAAACAAAGCUCUCAGUUGAUGGGUGGUCUUGGGGAUUAAACCCGCUCAUGUAGUUUGAAUAGACUUAAUGAGUUCUGAAUUAUUUUUAAAUAAUUGUAACAAUAAUGAUAAACUUGUUACAACUAUAAUAAAAUGGUUUUGG